AUGUCUUUCAAAACCACCGCAACAAUUGCCAACUUCGGCGGGAAGCUCCUGAAGCUGACCCAUGAGGCGAAAACCACCAGCUGCGAAAUGGCACUGAACCUGUAUCUGCCCCCGCAAGCAGCAAAGGCGGGAGCUAAAGUGCCAGUUUUAAUCUACCUCUCCGGAUUGACAUGCACGGGGGACAAUUGUGCAGAGAAGGGAUUCUUCCAAUACGCGGCGGGCCAGAAGGGUAUUGCGGUGGUCUACCCCGAUACAUCACCUCGCGGCCUGAAGAUCGAAGGCCAAGAUGACUCUUACGAUUUUGGCUCCGGCGCCGGCUUCUACGUCAACGCAACGCAAGGGCCAUGGAAAGACAACUACCACAUGGAGUCCUACAUAACCUCCGAACUCCCCAAAGCGCUCUUCUCCUCCUUCCCCGAACUCGACAGCUCCCGCGUCUCCAUCACAGGCCACAGCAUGGGCGGCCACGGCGCCCUCACCCUGUUCCUGAAAAAUCCCGGCAUGUAUAAGAGCGUGAGUGCAUUUGCGCCGAUUACCAACCCAAGCAAAUGCCCAUGGGGCGAGAAGGCGUUUAAGGGGUAUUUGGGGGAGGAUACGAACGAGUGGAAGAAGCAUGAUGCGACGGAGUUGAUUAAGGGGUGGAAGGGAGGAUUUGAUUGCUUGAUUGACGUGGGAACGGGUGAUAAUUUUUACAAACAAGGGCAGCUUCUUCCCGAGAACUUCAGCGAAGCAGCCAAGGCUUCGGGGAACGAUAAGGGACUUGUGUUGCGGUACCAGGACGGUAUGAUAUAA